AUGUGCACUUUAGAGAAGCGCGGGAACGUCUACUUCCUAACUCUAACGGGAGACGACGAGCACCGGUUAAACCCGACACUCAUAGCUUCUCUCCGUUCGGUUCUCUCCAAUGUCAAGUCGCAGCCCACUCGCGGCUCGGUUUUAAUCACCACAGCGCACGGCAAGUUCUUCUCCAACGGCUUCGACUUGAAGUGGGCCCAAGCUGCUACUUCCGCUUCGGCCUCCAGAGACAGGUUUCUUCAAAUGCUGGAACUCUUCAAGCCCGUUGUCGCCGACCUGUUGGCGCUCCCAAUGCCGACCAUUUCCGCCGUAACCGGCCACGCUGCCGGCGUGGGCGUUAUUCUGGCAAUGUGCCACGACUACAUUCUCAUGAGGAGUGAUCGAGGUGUGCUCUAUUUGAGCGAGCUAGACAUGGGGAUGACCGUACCGGACGACUACAUGGCAUUUUUGAGGUCAAAGGUGGUUUUGGAAGCGGCUCGUCGUGACCUGCUGUUGAGAGCCAUGAAGGUUAAGGCGGAGGAGGCGGUGGCUAUGGGGAUUGUACACUCGGCGCACGGUAGCGUGGAAGGCACGGUGGAAGCUGCGGUGCGACUUGGGGAGGAAUUGGGCAAGAGGAAAUGGGACGGCGAGGUGUAUGCGGAGAUACGAAAGGGGAUGUAUCCGGAGUUACAUGUCAUUUUUGGUUUGGAGAAGAAGACCAUAGUCUCACUCUCUCCACGUCUUUGA